UUCCUCCUCGGCCCUCCACAGCGGCAGGGCAGGCUCCUGGAGGACCCAGCGUGAGCCCGGAGAGCACCAGCACCUCCUCCCUCCACCACACUGACUGAGGAGGAGGAGGAGGAGGAGGAAAAGAACAGAAACACAAGAGGAGGAGGAGGAGGAGGAGAGCAGAAGCAGGAGGAAAGAGGAGAAGAACAGAGACACAAGAGGAGGAGGAGGAGGAGGAGGACAGCAGAAACAGAAGAGGAGAGAGGAGGACAGGAGGAGGCAACAGGAGCAGCGGUCCUGGAGAGGGGAGUGCAGUGCCAGAGUGACACAGACUGAAGUUGCUGAUUGAUCAGGAGAAGGCCAAUCAGGAAGAGGAGAGCAAAAGGAAGGUGUCCAGCCUGAAGGAGGAGCUCACCCAGCUGAAGUCCCUCACGUUGCUGCUGGUGGACGAACGGCAGCAGCUGACGGAGUAGCUUGCCCAGCAGACUGCCAAGGGCCCAGGCACUUUCAGCCCCCGCCGUUAGGCCCCAGGAGACUCUGAGCUCCACUGAGGAGGCCAGGGUUCAGGAGGAAGAGAGCAGAGUCUUCCAGCUGGAGGCCGAGCGGCACGACCAGGCCCGCCGUUUUUUUCCCCACCAAGAGCAAGAAGCCAUGACCGCCAAACUGACUAACGAGGACGCCCAGAACCGCCAGCUCCGGCAGAAGCUGGCCGCCCUGAGCCGACAGCUGGACGAGCUGGAGGAGACCAGCAGGACCCUCCGGCGGGCCGAGGACGAGCUCCAGGAUCUCCGGGACAAAAUCAGCCGCGGCGAGUGCGGCAACUCCAGCCUGAUGUCCGAGGUGGAAGGGCUGAGGAAGCGGGUGCUGGCGAUGGAGGGGAAGGACGGGGAGCUGAUCAAGAUGGAGGACCAGUGCCGGGACCUCAACAAGAAGCUGGAGAAGGAGGCAGGCCAGGCCCGGGGCCUGAGGGCAGAGGUGGACAAACUGAACCGAAGGAUAGCGGAGCUGGAGAAGCUGGAGGACGCCUUCGGCAAGAGCAAACAGGAGUGCUGCAUGCUGAAAUGCAACCUGGAAAAGGAAAGGAGCAUGACCAAACACCUGGCUAGUGAGCUGGACAUCCUGAAAGGGAGGAUCAGGGAGCUGGAGGCUAUAGAGGGUCAGCUGGAGAGCACAGAGAUCACUCUGAAAGAGGACCUGGCCAAGCUGAAGACACUGACGGUCAUGCUGGUGGACGAGAGGAAAACCAUGGCUGAGAGGCUCAGGGUCACGGAGAGCAAACUGCAGAGCAACAGCGGAAAACUGCAGGCCGAGCAGGACAAGGCCACAUCCGCGACUGAGAAGAUCAUCGAAGAGAGCAAGAGGGCUCUGAGGUCCAAGGCAGAGCUGGAGGAGAAGAUGCGCAGCACCGCGAAGGACAGAGACGAGCUGAGGGCCAGGCUGAAAGCGGAGGAGGAGAAGAACAGCGACCUGCAGUCCAAAGUCAGCAUGAUGAAGAAGAGGCUGCAGUCCCAGGAGAACAUGGAGCGGGAAUUCCAGAGGAGCAAAGCCAGAGAGGAGCACAGCAAGGCCCCCGCCGUGAACCGCUUCCAACAGGAGGACAACAAAGUGAAAGAGCUGACACAGGAGAUGGAGAGGCUCAGGCGAAAGCUGAAGGAGAUGAAAGUGGUCGAGAACGACCUGCAAAAGACCGAAAACGAGUUUGAAUCCCUGGAGAGAAAAUACUCCAACGAACAGGAGCGAGCUAAAGCUCUGUUGGAGGAGCUGGAGACAUCCAGGAAGGAGCUCUCCAAGUACCAACUGGCAGAGAAAGAAGUGUCCAACCAGGAGAACAUCCUUUAUAAGCGUCUGAAAGAGGAGGAGGCGAAGUCCAGCCACCUGACUCGAGAGGUGGAGGCCUUGAAGGAUAAGAUCCACGAAUACACGGGCACAGAGGACUCCAUCUGUCACAUGAAGAGGGACCACGCCACCUUGCAGAGGAAACUGACGCAACAAGAGGUGAGGAACAAGGAGCUAGCCCGUGAGAUGGAGAGCCUCACCAGCGAGCUGGAGCGGUACCGUCGGUUCAGCAAGAGCCUUCGGCCAGGCAUGAACGGGAGGCGUUUCUCAGACCUGAACGCCUCCAGCAAAGAGGUGCAGACGGAGCCGGUGGACGGCCAGCCCCCCGACUACAGAAGCCUGGCUCCCCUGGACCGAGCCGCCUUAAACGGUGGCGAGUAUGAGGAGAGCUACCCUGAGGACAGCCCGAGCCGCGCUGACGAGGCAUCCCAAACCAAGCACGGCCCUUCCCUCCACAACAACAGCAUGAGGAGAUCCAGGGUACCGUUCCCCAAGGGCAAAGAGGGCGGUCACCCGAUCAACGGGACAGUGCUGCCGCUUCGGCAGAGCGGGGGCCACACACAGCAAGGGGACAUGGUGCUGACCCACACGCCCGGGCAGCCGCUGCACAUCAAGGUGACCCCCGACCACGGGCACAACGUGGCCAUGCUGGAGAUCACCAGCCCCGGGCCCGUGGAGAACGCCCACUCCUACACCAGCACAGCGGUCAUCCCCACCAGCUGCGUCAGCCCGCCCAAGCAGCGGAUCACCAUCAUCCAGAACGCCGCCGUCUCCCCGCCCUUCAGGGCCAAGGGUUCCUCCUCUCCGCCGGACGGGCUCUGCACGCCCGAGAGAGCCAUGUCUCCCCUCACCAUGACGGCCUACUCCCGGGCCAUGACCCCGGAAUCUUCCGGAUCCGUAACGCCGGACCGGGCCAUGUCGCCCAUCCAGAUCGUGUCGGUCACCACCGGCGCCCCGGGGGGCUCCCUGGCCUCGGAGCCGGUGGAGGUGGUGGGGGGGCACGCCGUGUUUCGAGUGAUGCCCGAGCGACAGAGCCACUGGCAGCUGCAGAGGUCCAACAGCUCCAGCCCGAGCAUCAUCACCACCGAGGACAACAAGAUCCACAUCCACCUGGGGAGCCCCUACAUCCAGGCCCUCAACAGCACCGCCGGGCCGCUGAGUCCGUGCCACAGCAUUGGCCAGGAACACAGAACUCCUGUACUGGCCAACGGCACCCUUUCCAAAGGGCCCAGUAAAAUCACCAGUAGCAUCACUAUAACACCCGCCACCUCCCCAAUCCCAAGACCCUCCCAAAUGACAGUAAGUAGCCUCUGUGAUCGACAUACUCCUUGCCCCACACCCUAGAACCCUGAAAGCAGUCAAGCACCGCCUGACACAUCAACUAGUCCCAUCUGACCCAGAGUCCCAUCAAAGCACUUCCAUUUUUCUUUUGGGAGACAUGUUUGCGCAUAUACACUAUAUCUAAGGCAAGAAAUAAUACACAAAUACACCUACGAGAGAGCACUAUCCACAAACACCAUGUUUCUCACCCUGGGUAAACUCAUAUGUGCACUUAAUGUGGUUUCCAUGGUGAAUGAUUAUGUAACAACAUUAUUGAUGUACUUACCAAUGUACUGUUUUCAUUCUGUAUUUCAUAUUCCACAUGACUGUCAUUCUGCUAUGGUGAAACUUUCGUAUCUAAAUAUUAAAUAUAUAUAUAUAUAUAUAUAAAUGGUUUUAUGUUCUUUAGCUCUUUGUGUAUGGUUUUAUAUCUCAUUUUGUAGUUCAGUUUUAUAAAAGCGUUCGCUUCCAGUGUUUUUACAAGAGCCUUUCUGCUGUGGUUUUAACAUAAUCUGCCAAUAAACUACACUGCCAACA